CCCAGACAAACCACACCGAAUACAUCUUUUCUAUAUACUCACCGAGUUUCAAUGGCGUCAAGGCCAUACUCGCCCAUUGCGAGCCCAAGACCUGUGACGCCCACCUCUGACCUUGCUGCGGCUUCGAUCAUGUCGAAGAGUGAUGAUAUGAUGAUGAGCAAGCAUGGCCAUGAGGCUGACCAAGAUCAUCAUCAUGAUCACGACAACAAUCAUGACAAAGGUCUUGAUCAAGAUGGCCACGACUCGGUGCCUGGGACGAACGACGCCAGCCGACGGCCCCAAGCUCAGCCAGCUUCCCGCCCUUUUGCAGCCUCGGACGGCUUGCUGCGAACGCCACCACCAGCCAUGCGCAAGGGCUUUGCGAGGGACGGGGACUCGGACGAGAUGCUUGCGGACGAGCCGUCACCAAGGACCUUUGUGCCGUCGCCCACGCCUCCGCCCACCUCACCGGCCGCUCCAUCGCCUGUUCCUGGUGGCGAGAGCAGCUCGAGUGCUGACGAGCCUGAUGGAAGCGAGCGCCAGCGGAAGCGCUCGAUUCUGGCGCAGCUCAACUCCAAGGAGGCCCAGGAUCGCCGCCAGCGAAGCAAGGCUGCGGUUGCAUCGAGCCUAGUUCUUGACUCGGUUGUCCGGGUCUCCAACACGGGUCACUUUGGCGUCAUUCGUUUUGUGGGUGAGACCAAGUUUGCGCCGGGCCUUUGGGUCGGCCUCGAGAUGGAGGAGCCUGUCGGCAAGCACGACGGUCUCCGAGAUGGCGUGCGGUACUUUCAGGCCCGAUACAAGCACGCGCUCUUUGUGCGGCCGUCGCGGGUCAAGGUCAUUCUCCGCCCGCACGUAAGCGCGUCUGUUGCAUCGCCACCGCGUCCGUCGACUGCCCCAGCAGUCUCGGCGCCGCGGUCGUCGACAAGCGUGCCGGCAACAACCGCGACUUCGACUCACUUUUCGCGCCGCUCGCGGUCCGAGCUCGACCGCUCGCGCGCGUACCGCGAUCGCGACAUGCUCGCCAAGCUCAGCGUUGGCACCCGCGUCACACUCCGCGAUCGUAGUGUGCCGGGCACAGUCGCUUACAUCGGCCGAAUCGACCGCCCGGCCCACACCUCCCGCCCUGCCACUGCCAGCCGCAGUCAAAAGGAGGUCAGCGACGUCUUUGUUGGCGUUGCGCUCGACGUCGCCGCCGGCAAGAACGAUGGCUCAGUCAAAGGCACCCGGUUCUUCACCUGCAAGCCACAACACGGGGUCUUUGUCCGCCCCUCGGCCCUUGCCCUACUCAAGGUCAAACUCAAGCCGCAGGCUGUCGCCGCGGUCAUUACAGGGCCAUCGGGCUCGCUCUCACCGUCGACAGCGUCGGGGCCAUCGACGCCGACCUCGCCCGAGGACGCGAACCGGUCGUUUUCGUUCUCAGGCUACGACGAGUGCCUCUCAGGCCCAUUGGCCGAGCCAUCGGACGGCCUCUUGCCGAAGCGCAAGUCACCGGGGCGGCGGCGGCUCGGCAGUUCGCCGUCAAUAGCCAAGACGGGAGCGGGCGCGGGCGCAAACGCAAGCAAGAAGCCGCGGGCGUCGCGGACGCUCGGCUUUCGGCUCGGCGCUACUGAGCCGCCGGCGCGAGCUUUAGAUCCGGAUACCACUCCAGCGCCUGCCCGCGAUUACACCUGGAACGAGCGGUUUCAGGAAGUGGUUCACCUGCCAGCACUCACGCCUGCGCAGGCCGAGGUCAAGGCGCAGGCCAUCGCGCAGCUGUCGCAGGAGCUGGUGGCAGCGGCGACGCCGGUCGUCAAGACCAUUGUCAACGAGCUCCACAUUCCGUUCCCGGACAAGACUAUCAAGCCGGUGACGCAGAGCGUGGGCGGAAUGGCCGGUGGCGACAAGUACAUUCGCGAUGGCCUGUUCUUCAAGCUCGCUCGCGACGUGACCGGAGCGUACGGCGGGGAUGAGAACGCGGCACACGCGGCGCACCACGAAAUGGAUGCGCUUGCGGCACUGCUCAAGGCCAACAUUCCGGGCCUACACUUUCCGCUCACGGCAGUCAUUUCGUACUGCGGGCACACGGUGUCGGUCGCAUCGCUGCUCCCGAUCGAUGCCAGCACACUGGUGUACGGGUCUGCUGACGGCGGAGCGACGCUUGUCAAGUCGAACCACGAUAUGGAUGCGAUGAUGCAGCUUGCAGGCUCGGCGCUUAACCUCAAGGGCCACGUGGUGAGCGGCUCGCGGAGUGUGGCGGCCGGCUCGCGGCGGAGCGACGCCUUUGUGUUUCACGGUCCAGCCGACAUGGAAGGCCAUCUCGGGCACGAUGGACGGUUCUAUGUGGUCGACAUGGCCCGUUUGUUUCCGCCCGAAGCACCGGCGAGUGACGCGCCCAAGGGCACCAUCUUGUACCGACUGCUGCGGCCCGAGGCUGUGGCGGCGGCGCCGACGCCGCUGUCGUCGGACGCGUUCUCGCGGAUGGGCCGCCACAAUCACCAUCUGCACAACACCGAGGUGGCUCAUGCCACGGCGGCACUCUACACGCACACCAUUCCCGUGCUGGCUAGGGAGCUCCUGGCGGCCGAGUCGGAGCACGCACUGUCGGCAACGGCGCUCGCCAGUUCAAGUCUCGGCUUUUUUGCGUCGCGCGGGCUCUCGACCCGGCACCUCGGCGCGUUGCGAUCGCACGUGCCUGCAGCUUCCGACGGCGUGGCUGCACACUUGCGCGAGUGGUUGACGACGUACAUGGUGGCGCACACGUUUGGGGCGCAGUUGUCUGCGUCGUUGCGGCGGACGCUGCGCAAGCGGCGCAACCGGAUCUCGCGCAAGACGCUUGUGGUACAGCAUUUCAACGCGCUGCUCGCGUGGCAGGUGACGGAUCCAUUUGGCAUUGUGGCCUCGAUGGGCAAGACCCGUCUGGCCAAGCCUGGGCGGCGGUGUCCGCUGGGCGGCUUUUGGUGUGGCGCGCUGUUUCGCGGCAUUGAGAAGCGGUUUGUGGGCUUUCCGGACGUCCAUGACGGAGCCGUGCCCAAGGCUGCGGCUGUGCCUGUGGCGUCGACGCUGACGGCCUGUCCGCGGUGCGCAUGGCUACGCGGAGCGGUUGAUCGUGAGCUGGUGUUCAAGAUGGCGUGUGCGACGACAGGCGUUCGAUUCGAGGUGACCUCGUCGUACCUUGCGCCCGAGACGAUGGCGCCGCUAAGCGUGGAGCAGCUUGCAGGCGUAGGGGUGGUCUCGCGGCACCUGGAGGUACUCCCGCUUGUUCAUGCCUCGACCGAGCUUGACACAGUGUAUGCGAGCGAGCUUGCACGGCUGGCGCGACUGGCGGACGAGGCUGGCGCGCGGGGUCUUGAUGGCGCGCAGGUGAGCGGAGGCGGGUUCUUGAUCCCGCAGCUGCAAGUGGCUGUGGACGCGACGGUGCCAGGGCGAGCGGUCAAGGUGGUGCGGGCCAUGGUGCGGGUCCAUCUCAAUGUGGCAGAGCUUGCCGCAGCGUCAGGCGAGGAGGCGCAGGCGGUGUCGGCGUUCCGGGCUGGGCUUCAUCUGGCGGGCCUGGUGUGGGGAACUGGUGAUCUGGCACAUCUCUAUGCAUGGCAGCAGUACGCAGAUGUGGUGUCUCGGAUGGACGGUGGCGGGCUUCAAGUGGCUCGGGUCACGUACGAGUGGCUACUUGCACAGCUGCCUGGAGCGCCGGGCCCGCCGCCGACGGCGCAGGCAGUGCCGCUGUAUGUAGAUGUGCAGAACAAUCUGGGCAAUGUGUUGAUGGCGUUGGGUGACGAGGCAGGAGCUGUGGAGGCGUACUCGGCGGCGGUUGCGCUGCGGGAAGCGGAUGGUAUGCGUGCUGAGGCGCUGGUCAACGUCCUCAAUAACCUAGCGCUGGCUCACUCGAGCAGCGAGCCGGACAAGGCGCUGGCGCUCUUCCAGCGAACACUCAAGCUGCUUGACGGCGGGUUGGUGAUGGACAAGGCAGCGCGUGCGAUGGUGCUGAACAACAUGGCGGUGCUUGUGGAGCGGUCGCUGGUGGACGUAGCAGGUGGAGGCGGCGGGCUACUAGCGCCUGCGCGGCGGAUGAGUCAGGUGAGCGGGGCAGAGGCGCGGGUGCUGGCGAUGUACUCACGGGCGCACGCGCUCAAGGCGAAGAGCCUGCCGGCAGAUGAUGAGCGGCUGGCGUCGACGGCGUUCAAUCUGGGGCGGCUUGCGGUGGUGCUGGGGUGCUACGGCGAGGCGCUGCCGUAUCUGACGCCGCUGGCGGCAUCGGGUUCGACCGAGGCUGGGGUGCUUGUGGCGCGUGCGCACAUCGGACUGGGUGCGCCAAGCAAGGCGCUGCCUGUGCUCUAUGGACUUGUGGAGGACGCGCGACGCGGUGUGCGGCGCGGGAGCGAGCGAAAGGCUGUAUUUGCAGCGGUGUGCGCGCUGGCAGAGCACUACGAGGCGCUGGCGGGCGCGCAAGCGGCGGCGGGACAGCUGAGCGGCGCGCGGCGGAGCUAUCUGCUGCUACUGCAGAUGCUUGCGCGGGUGUAUGGGCCGCGGCAUCCUGUGCUGUGCCGGCCGUUGCGGCGUGUGGCGCAGGUGCUUGUGGGCGAGUGCAAGUUUGACGGCGCGCGGCAAGCGCUGGCGUACGCAUGCGGGAUUUGCGACGCAGUGUUCGGGCCCGAGGUGACUGCGCUGUCGGGAAUGAUGGCGGCGCUGGGGCAUGUGGUGUGCGGGGUAGGCAGCUCUGCCGAGAGCGUGUCGCUUGCGGGCGCGCUGUUUGCGUUUGACGCGCAGACAGCAGAGCUUGCGCACGGGGCGUCGUCGCCGCGGAUGGUUGAUGCGCUCAACAAUCUCGGGUGGUGCCAGCUGCAGGCCGGCGAAGUGGGCCGCGCGGUAGCGGUGUUUGAGCGAGCGCUUGCCGCGUCCAAGGAGGCGUCCGAUGGAGCGCAUCUGGGCGCGCGGGCACGGGUGCUGAACAAUCUGGCGUUUGUGCGGCUGGAGGCGAGCGAGUUUGACGAAGCCGAGGCGCUGCUGCGGCGGGCAUUGUUCAUUUGCGAGCGGGUGCGCGGGCCUGAGCACAUCGACCUUGCGGUGGUGCUGACCAACUUGGCAGGAGUCUACGUCCGGACCGGCAACUACACACUCGCUGAGUCGAUGCUCUACCAGUCGUUGCGAAUCAAGACCAAGGUGCUCUCGCCUGCGCACCCGUCGCUGGUGGCUAACCUGGAGCUCCUGGCCGGUCUCCACGCGUCACGCGGGCAGAUGGCAACGGCGCGGCGGCUACUGGAGGGCGCGCAGGCGGCGGCAGAACGGGCGCUCGGCAGCGAGCAUCCGCUGCUGGCGCGGAUGCGCGAGAACACCGCGCUGGUUCAGGCCGGAUCGAUGGUGACGGCGAGCUCGGCCUGGCUCACCGCCGACCACCUCAUUGUCGCCCGCGAAGCACCCGUCCACGCCAUCGGCAACAACGGCGGCUCGCUUGUGGUCCCGCAAGCUCAGCUCUGGCAGGACUUUCCGGCCGAUGUUGAGGCUGUCCGCUGUGCUGCCGACGCCUCUGACCUCUUGCCGUGGAGCGAUGUGGUGGGCGAGAACGGAGCUGACAGUUAUAGCGACCGCAUAGAGUGUAUCUUCCUCACAGACCACCCUGAAUGGUACAUUGGAACUGUUGCGGGCAAGGUGCCGAGUGUGGGGAUUUUUCCGGCCAAGUACGUGGAGCUAGAGGCCGAGAGCAACGAGGUGUUGGCCUUGCCCACCCGCGGGGUGGUGACCAAGCCGUUUCGGCUGAACGAGCAGGGGUGGGGCAAGGCCCUGCCGGAGGAAGCGGCAAGCAAGCUGCUGGAGCUGGAGACCGGCGACUUUGUGUACUUUGUCAUGACCACUGCCGCGGACGACUGGCUCUACGGCGAGUCGCACGGGGAAUGUGGUUAUUUUCCGGCGGCGGUGGUCAACCUCCUCGAGCCGGUCUACCCGCCAGAGAUCCCUCCGCGCAAGGUCGGCCCUGCCACGAGUGGAAGCGGCGACAAGGGCGAGAGCCAGGGUGAGGGCGAGGACGGCGUGCCUAAGAUGCGCGAGCGAGCGUUUUCCGGGCCGCGGCGGCGAUCCGGGACAGGACCGCUGCCGUGGAUGCCCGACGCGGCGCGGCUGAAGUCGCGGACGCGGGCCGAGUCGGAUACGCAGCAGCGCGGGAUUGGUGGUGGCGAGGGCGGCGAGCGGCGAUCGACGAUGGCAGCGGGGCGGCGGCGGCUGCCGACGCCCGGCGAGGGCCACAAGGCUCGCGACCUGCCUGCGCCGCCGAUGGCGCCCAAGCCAGCGACGCUGCCUGGAGCUGCGAGCGAUGGCGAGAGUGAGGCGCGGGCGGCUGCGCCGCCACCACCGGUUGCGGGCUCGACGCUUGCUGUGCGCAAAGUGCUGUACCUUGCCACGGCCCUGUACGCGUACUCGGACAAUGAGGUUGCCCGGCUCGAGGUGGAGGUUGGCGACCAGUUUGAAGUCCUCAACGACAAGGGCGAUUGGUGGUGGGUCUACUCCAAGCGGCUGGAGAAGGAAGGCUACGUGCCGGGCAACUACAUGGAGCGGGUUGCAGCAAGCGAGGCCGGCGUGCCGAGUGCAAUGAGCACGAGCGCAGAGGCUGGCCGGCCUGAAGUGCAGUCCAAGCCCAAGAGCAAAGGCAAGAAGAAGAAGAAGGCUGCGCCGCCGCAGCUGCCGUCGCGGGCCAAGUCCAAGCUGUAUCAGAAGAAGGGCCAGUUGCCGGUGAAUGGGUAA